CGCUUCCUACGUAUGACAAACAUUAUUCUAUCAAACCACAACAGUGUAUAUAAGUACAUGUUGUAGUUUCCGAAUGAGUAUUUAGUCAAAAUGUUGUGGCUACAAGCAACCAUAUUUAUAACCUGCGGCUGCCUAUUGUUGUGCAACUAUAGUGAAAACCGGAGUUGUACGCAACAAGGGCCUUCUCUGGAGACACUCUUACGCCUAUUGGCAAUUCGAAACCAAAUGAAGUACCCCUCUCAACAGCAACAGCCGCAUACAAUGGUCCCUUAUCCCUACUGUAAAAUCUCUGACAAUAUUGAAACAAGAAAAUCAACAUCAGGAUCUGGUUUAGAGUACAGAAUUAAAUUGCCUCUAUACAAGGGCAGACCCAUCAAAACUAAUAUAUACGUUGAACUACCUAAUUCUAUGUUUCCUUUACCCAAAAAAGAUUCAACGAUUAACAGUGAUUAUGAGACAGAAUCCGACCGCUAUGACUAUGAUGAAAAUUAUGAUGAUCCUUGUGACUAUAGUGAUAAAGAAAGCGAGUGUGAUAAUGAACCAAAAUCAUCUUUAAAGAAAACAAAAGAAUCUGGUAAAAGUUCAUCUACAGGCAAAAAUCUAGAAGAAACAAAACAGCCAGAAGAAAAUAAAACCAAUGAUGAAACUAAACCUUUUAAAGAUGGGUCGUCAAAGGAAGCGAAGACCACGAAUGGUGCAAACAGUGGAAAAAAAGAAGAACCUAGUGACACAUCAUCGACAGACCAAGACCCAGAAGUGUUGACCAAACCAGUAGACAAAAAAGAUAAGCCCAAAGAGAAAAUAAACGAUGAUGUGUCUAAAUCUCCCAAGGAUGGGACAUCUAAGGAAGGGAAGAACGCAGACGAUGCAACUUCUGAAGAUAAAGGCGAACCAAGUGACAAAUCGUCUACAAACACAAAACCAGUGGAGUCAGCCAAACAAGCCGAUAAAAAAGAUGAGCCAAAGGCAAACGACGAGACAAAACCUGCCUCAGAUCAAACAUCGAAGGAUGCAAAGACCACGGAUGGUGGAAAUAGUGUGAAAAAAGAUGAAUUUAGUGAGAAAUCAUCUACAAAUACAAAACCAGAAGAGUCAACCAAGCCAGCUGACAAUAAAGAUAAGCCCAAAGAAAAAAUAACCGAUGAUGCGACAAAACCUGCCGCUGAUGAAAUAUCAAUAGAUGUAAAGACCGCGGAUGGUGUAAAUAGUGAAAAAAAGGACAAAACAUCUACAGACAUAAAACCAGAAAACUCAUCCAAACCAGCUGACAUAAAAGAUGAGCCAAAAGAAAUAAAGGCAAAUGAUGAGACAAAACCUGUCGGCGAUGAAGCAUCAAAGGAUGCGACGAUCACGGAUGAUGCCAAUGGUGAGAAAAAAGACAAACCUAGUGAUAAAUCAUCUACAGACACAAAGCCAAAAGAAUCCACAAAACCAGCGGACAUAAACGAUGAGACGAAAGAAAUAAAAAUCAAUGAUGAGACAAAACCUGCCGCCGAUCAAACAUCAAAAGUUGAAAAGACCGCAAAUGGUGCAAAUAGUGAAACAAAAGACAAACCUGUUGAUAAAUCGUCUACAGACACAAAACUAGAAGACUCAGCCAAACCAGUUGAUAACCAAGAACAGCCCAAAGAAAAUAAAACCAGUGAUGAGGUUAAACCUUCCGUGAACGCGACUUCAAAGGAUGGAGGCAGCACAGGUGACGUAAAUGGCGGAAACACGCCGGAAGCCAGUAAAACAGAAGAUGCAGGACUGCCUGCUGCUUGAAGGGUGUUCAAAACCCCAACGAGUAACAAGAUCAAAAAAUGUUACAAAAUACAUUUAGGGGGCCAUAAAUAUUACUUACAUUUUAACAUAAUCAGGAUAAUAUAGUAGUAUAUUAGUAUGGCCAAACUAGUUAACGAGAGUAUACACUCGAUGCUCGGCGGGCAUACCUUUUUUUACAUAAGUACACAAUUGCAUAGAAAAAAUAAGUUUUGUGUGAAAUAUGUAAACGUUAAAUAGGUACGGUAGAAUUACAGAUAUCGUACGCGACAUUUUGUUUAUUGUUUAACGUACAGACAGCAAAGGCCCAUUCGGCAUACAGCUACAACUGAAAUAGUACAUUGUGCAAUGAGGGGGGUAAGUGAAAUUUUGGAUACGUGGGUAGUAAUUCCCGACAGCCGCAGGCUGGAGGGAAUGAAAGACUCGAGUUUGCAAUAUUCUUACCCCCGGAGUUACAUACAAUGUUGAAAAUUAUGUAAAAAUAUUUGAAACGGAUAUUAAAUUAAUCAAAUUAAAUAAUUUUAAACAUAAACAAAAAUACUAAAUUAUAAACGUCAGUAUUUUAAAAGUAAAACUCAUUCAUGCGACUUCGUUUGUAUGAAUGUGACAUAAUUUAAAGACAGGUAUAACUCCCUAUCCAUAACUCCCGGGGGAACAAUGUAGGUCUUUGUCCUUCAGUACACCUGCAUGUAAUAAGGUCUUUUUCGAUCAAGUGUGAUGAAAAUUGUAUAAAAAAGUACAUUGUGCAACGAGGGGGAUAAGUGAAAUAUUGGAAACGAGACGAGGGUUAAUUCCCGACAGCCACAGCCUGGAAAGAACCCAAGUUUGCAAUAUUUUUACCCCCAGAGUUACACAAAAUGUUUUGUAUCACGCUUGUGAAGGAAAAACUAAAUUUUAUGUUUAAAAUGUCACUAUAUUUAAGAAUUAUUUCGCUUGAAAUUUAGUUUUUUUCUCACAAGUGUGAUUAAAAAUUUGUGAUUGUGUGUGCCACGGGUAGUACAUAAAUUACGAACUCGUGUUAAUUCUUGUUUACCGCCUUUAAUACACAGUGUACUAUUAAACCCAGGUACUUGGUUCGUAUGAAUUAGUGACAUAAUUAAAAAAAAGCUGAUAAUUUAGGUACUCACUGACGGGCAUACUAUACACUAUGUUGACGAGUAUAUUUACUUGGGCCAGUUUGUCUCUUUCAACAACAGACAAGACAAAGAAAUCGAGCGCCGUGUCGAAAACGCCUGGAAGAAAGAUCUGAUGAAAGGUAGCCUUCCAUUGUCACUGAAGUGAAAGCUCGUCGACAUGUGUAUCCUGCUCGUCCUAACCUACGGUGCUUAAACAUGGUCACUCACAGAGAGUCAGAAGUCCAAGUUGAAGGUUUGCCAACGGGUUAUUGAGCGCAGCAUUUUAUGUGUGAAGAGGGCCGAUCGCAUCCGGAACACCACGCUGCGCGCCAGAACCCGCAUUGCUGACGUCGGCGAGAAGACUGCUAGGCUCAAAUGGGGCUGGGCCGGUCACGUCUGCCACAUGCAUCCUGACAGAUGGGCUAGUGUAACUACCAAGUGGAUGCCACAAGAAGGGCGCGGACGCGGAGGGCCCAGACGGAGAUGGCAGGUCGACUUAGAUAUCUUUCUCAACGACUGUUGGAAAUUGGGGGUUGUGGAAGACUUGGAGAGAGGCCUUUGCCCAGCAGUGGAGCACUGUAAUAGGCUAGUGAAAAAAAAAACAAUCACUCAUAA